UAUGCUGUGUUCUGCAACCAGAUUAUUUACAAUUGUAACAAUAUUUGAAACAAUCCAAAAAAUAAAGCUUCUCAUACUUUUUUCUUCAUACUUACAUUAAGUAGGAUCAGCUAGAAGAAUAUUCCUCAAUGUUAGUGUUGUCGACCAUCAAUCUUCUUGUCCAUGCACUCUGCGGAACACCCUGACUGGUACAAACCAAACUUGAAGCGUCUCGUUGUCAUGGAGACGGUCUGCUCUUGCGAUGGCUCGGCUUCUGCUGUGGCUGUCAGCCACCGGGCGCGGCCGGCGCUGCAAUCGCAAACCACUGUGAUGGCUGCGCUUCCGAGCGGUUGUGAAUGUUUUAGAUCCGAUGAAAUCGUGUCUUUUAGCGUUUUAUUUCGUUCUAGUUUUUAUAAUUUGUGUUGAUGAUGUAAAAUAUUAAUAAUAGUAAAAAAUGAAUGGUUUUGGGGCGUUUGUCAUCAUCUGCACGCUCCUGUAUUGUGGCAUAUCAUGGGUAGUGCCGCGCGUGCUGGCGUGGCUGUGCAAGCGGCGCUUCCACGUGGAGGUGCGCGUGGGCCGCAUCGCGCUGCCGUCGCUCAAGCUGCGCGAUGUCUCCGUGCGCAGCAGCGGCUUCUCCGUGCACGUCGACGAGAUCGGUCUGCGGAGCAGUGUGUUCGGGGGCGACGAGAGCAAGCUGCUGGCGGUGGUGGUGCGCGACGUGCGCAUUAACCGUGACAUCUCGGGCAGUAGCGGUGGCGGGGCCAGGGGCGCGGGCGGGGCCCGAGGCCGCAAGGGGCUGCCUCCGGACCUGCGCGGCGCGCGCGUGCCCCCGGCGCUGCUGAGCUUGGCGCAGUUUAUGGCCCUGCACCAUGUGAUUUUGCGCCCGCAGCCCAGCGACGAGUGUGGCGGCGUCGACGCCGGCGCGGGCGCGAGCGCGGACGCCGAGGCGGAGGCGGCGGGCGCAGGUGCGUGCCUGGGCGAGGUGGCACUGGGUCUGGCGCUGGAGGCGACGCUGUCAGCGCGCGGCCCGCUCUCGGUGGAGCGCCUCUACGUCGCCAUGGAGCACACACGCGCCGUGGUGCACGAGGGCCUGUGCGCCUUCCUGGCUGGCGCCGCCCACGCCAAGCACGGCGACAAGGAGGAUCUCGACGACGACGACGAGGAGGAAGAGCCGGAACAGGAGCAGCAGACGGAGGCGCAGGCCGCCGCCGCCUUCGAGGAGGCCCUGCGGCGCCUCGAGCCCAUCCUGCCCAAGAGCCUGCAGGUGCGGGUGCAGGAGACGGCGCUGACGGGCGCGCGUGGCGCCGGCCGCCCUGAACUGGUGGCCACGCUGCGCCGCCUGCAGCUCAGCUCGCAGUGCCAGCCGGCGGCGCCCGUGGGGGCCCUGGGAUUGGGCCUGGGGCUGGGCUUGUCGCCGGGGCCGGCGCAGGGGCACACGUCCGCGCCCUCGCCCCCGCCGCCUCCGCCCCCGCCGCCGCCGCCCCUGCCGUCCGCCUCGCCCGUCUCGCCCGUCGGACUGCACGCCGCGCCGCCGCCGCCGCAGUUGUUCGCUAGCGCGCAGCUCGAGGGGCUGAGCGUGCGUUGCGGCCGCGAUCCAGCCGCCCUGCAGCUCAGCAAGCUCUCGCUCAGUAGCAAGCUGGAGGAGGGUGUGCUGAACGUGUUCGUGGCGUUGGAGGCGCUGUCGGCCGUGUACGACCACGCGGCCCUGCGCGGGUGGUUGGCGGAGCGCCGGCCUUCGGGCGCGCCGCCCGGCCCCGCGCCCCCCCUCGCCAUUCGCGCGACCCGGCCCCGGUCCUCCCGCUCGCGAGGGCCCGGGCUCCUGGGCCGCCUCCUCGGCCCCCUGCAGGUACGCGGGUGCGUGGAGGCGUCGUCGGUGGCCGCGCUGGCGCGGCUGCCGUCCGGGGCGUCGUCGUCGACGGGGUCUACCGAGGGCGACGGGGACGGCGGCGGCGUGGCGGGCGGGUGCGGUCCGCCGCGCUGCGCGUCGCUGCGGUGCGCGCGGGCCAAGCUGGCGCUGGAGCAGGCGGCAGGCGCGCGCUGGGCGGCCGAGCUGCUGCUGGAGCAGCUGGGCUGCGCGCUGGACGAAGCGGCGCUGGCGGCGGACGCGGCGGACGGGCCGGGCCCUGGGCGCGGUCGCUUCCACACGUGGGGCGCGCCGCUCACGCUUGGCUCUCUGCUGGCGCGCCUGCGCAGGGAAGAGGACCCGCAGGGGGCGUCGGCGGGCGCGCGGCUGUCGGCGUCCGCGGACGGGUUGCGCGUCGAGCUGAGCCCUGAACUGGCAACGGCGGCGUUGUUGGCGCUGCGCUGCCUCCAGGACUACCGCGCCUUGCUGCCGCCGCCCCCUUCCCCGGCUUCGUCCCCGACCUCGCCUGUGCAGGACGUACGCGAGCGAGAUCGCAAGGACGGGCUCGGCGCGUUGCUCGCGGACUGCCACGUGACGGCGUCGCUUGCAAACGCCAACGCCUUCUUCUUGGCCGACGCUCGCGCCCACGGCCACGCCACCGGCCCCGACGCCAAGGUGUGCGUGGCGGUGCGCGUGGACACGGCGUCGCUGGAGCGCGCGGGCGGGCGCGUGAGCGCGGCGGCCGAGGGCGCCAAGGUGCUGGCGCCAGCGCGGGGCCCUCGCGCGGCCUUCGCCUGCCUGCGCGCCGCCGACGCCGCCGGGGGUGUGGCGCACGCGCGCCGCCUGCGCCUCACCGCGCGCGUGCCCUCCGCCUCGCGCCCCGGCCAGCUCCAGCUGCAGCUGCUCGACGACGUCGAGGUGGCCUGGAGCUGCGCUUUACACCUGCGGCUUCUGGCGCUGUUGCGUGAGCUGCGGGCGUUCCGUGCGGCUCUGCCACCCUCGUUCCAGCCGCCCUCCACGCACACCCCCGCGGCGCCCACCAAGCGUGCGCCGUGGACCGUCAACGUGCGCGCUCAGGGGCGUCUCAGCGCAUCGGCCUGUGCCGGCCCGCGCCGCCCUGCAGCGACGCUCACCGGUCAGGAGGUGGUGCUGUCGACGGGGCCGGACGAGUGGGUGUUGACGAGUCCCGCACUGGCGCUGGCCGUGGACGGUGCGGAGCUCUUCCGCGCCUCGCAGCUCGACGUGCGCCGCCUACGCGACUCGGCCGAGGUGCGCCUCGAGCGCCGCAACGCCGAGGGCUUCACGCUCGCCUGGAACGAGCGCUGCUGGGCGGUGACGCUGGGCUCGUUCAAGGCGGUGUUCCCGUACCAGCACCGCUUCGCCGAGGUGUUCCAGGACGAGCUCAUGUCCAUCGUGCGCUGGCUGCGUCUCACGCACCGCCGCCCGCCCACGGCGGCGCCACGCGAGGAGCAUCUGCCGCCAGAUCUCGUCAUCAAGAUCCGCGAGUUCCUCUUCGAGAUGAGCGACGACCCGUUCGAGGUGCGGCUUCGCGACAACCUGGAGCUACUGGAGGACGAGUGCCGCGAGAGCGCGCGCCGACAGAAGAUGCUCGACGCCAAGGUGGCCGAACUGUGCAAGCAGCACCUGCUGCUCCCCUCCGGGAAGGUGGAAGAGCUGUACGCCAGCCUGAGCAAGAAGAACGCACAGAUUUACGUGCAGCGGUCGCAGCAGAUGGCGCGGUCGGCACCACCGCGCACGCGGCUGUUCGCGUGGCAGAUGAGCGCCGUGGAGAUCGUGUCGCUGGCUGACCCGGCGGUGAGCACGCGCGCCGCGGCCGCAGCGGCCGCCGCCGCCAUGGACCCCGACGCGCCGGCACCCGAGGGCGGGCUGCGCUUCUCCACGCUGUGGUGCCGCGCCGUCAGCGCUGCAUGCGCCGAGUGGACCUUCCAGCUGCGCGACUUCCCGCAGCCACUGCUGCACAUCCGCGGUCUGCGCCUUUGGGGUCGCUUGGCCGGGGCGGAGCAGGAGGCACCGCCGCGAGCCCGGCGCACCGUGGUGUUGCAUCUCGGGGAGCCGUGGGGUGACGCGGCUGUGGAGCGCACCAUGACGUCGCUCAAGUUCUACCACGACCUUAACUGCGAUGUCGACCUCUACAGCUACGCCUUCGGCCCCUGCUGGGAACCUGUCAUCGCGCAGUGCAACCUUAGUUUCGAGAAGAUCGUGAUGCCGUCGCGCGACCCCAGUGUGCCGCUGCCCUUCUGGGACAAGAUGCGGUUGCUGCUGCACGGCCGCCUUACUAUGUGCGUGCGCCAGAUGACGGUGCUACUGCACGCGUCGCUCGACCCCUACAACACCACCGAAGAGAUGGAACUCACGUGGCGAGACGUCGCCAUGGACUGGACCAGCGCGAAGGUAGUGUUCAAGGGUGAGCUGAACGUGUACGUGCGCACGGCGUCGAAGUACGACGACUGUCGCCUGCUGCACCUGCCCAACCUACGCCUCACGCUGAAGCUGCAGUGGGUGUGCCUGGGCGACCCCAACGACCACCACUCAGUGUUCCCGUGCGCGCCCGACAAGCUGCCCGAGUACUCAUCCAACCAGGAGCACGACUCUUUCCGCGCGUUCCGCUCGCAGAACCUCAACCUGAGCGUGGCGCUCGAGACGAAGCCUCUGGCUCGCAGCUCCAACGCCGCUCCGGCCGCCGACGUGGACUGCCCCGUCGUUCUGCUCUACGGCAGCACCCUGAGGCAACUGAUCCUGUCGGGCGUGACGCGUCCGACGCGGCGCGGCGCCGUCUUCGGCAACGUGCGCCCGCGCAAGCCGCAGCUCAGCCGCCACUACCGCCGCCUGCACCUGCUGCUGGGGCUGCACCGCUUCCAGGUGUGCUACUGGAUGUCCUUCGCCAUGCAGCGCGGCUGUGAGAUGCUGGGCGGGCGCAUCUCUUGCAGUUCGGAGCACACGCUGACGCUGGUGCCCGUAGACGACGGGCUGAAGCACCGGCCGCGCGCCGACUGGGCCAUCGCUUAUAUGAACUGCGAGUUGAACGACGCCGAAAUUUGGCUUAAGAGCGCCCUACCCGAGGACCCGGAGAGCGGCGGCGCGGAGACCGGUCAGCCGGUGCACGCCGCCAUGCGCCCGCCCGUCGAGAAGUGCUACUGCCUGAGCGUGGCCAAGGUGUCGUACGGGCGCGAGGCGCUGCUGCCGGCAGGCGGGGACACGCCCACGCACCGUCUGGUCGUCUACGACCUCAAGGGCGCUUGGACCAAGAGCAAUCGCGACGUCGCCUUCGCGCUCUUCGACGCCUUCGUCAAGACAAAGCAACUGAAGAAGAACCUGUCGACGGAGGCGCUGAAGGGGUUCCGCGCGGAGCCCUCGUCCACGCCCAAGGCGGCGCGCGGGCGGGCAGCGGCGGCCGCGGCGGCGACGGACGCCGGCUCGCUCACGCCCGCGCCGCCCGGCGCCGCAGGGACGGGCACGGAGGUGGCGGCAGCAGCCGGGGCAGGCGUCGACGCGGCCAAGGCGGCGGCCGCGCAGGCAACGCCCUCGCCGAUGUCGAAGCUGCAGUCGGGCGUGGCGGCGUCGAUGCUGCAGCGGCUGAUCGCCGAGGCGGACAACAAGGCGGUGGUGUUCAGCGACGAUCCUUCAGCGGCACCCGGUGACGGCGAGCCGCAGCUACUGGGUCGCGCCGCCUGCCGUGAGGACGACGCGCUGCAUAAGAACUGGCUUAUCGCGUUGGUCAACAGCCAGGUGCUGCUCAAGGGCUGUGAGACGAAGGGUUACGUCAUCCUAAGCGCCGCCAAGGCCGAGAUUUUGCAGCGUGUGCACCGGCCCGUGUGGAAGGCACGCACGCCCGUCAGCAAGACCACGUGGGUGGGCUCGCUCGAGUGCAUGCAGUACUACGCCACGGUGGCGGCCGGCGACGCCGACGCCCUCAACGACAACAUCAUGUGGCUCACCGUCGACAAUAUCCAAGAACGGGGACAGGACGCGGCGGAACACAUCUCCGAGCUGCCGGAUGUACCUCACCUAGUGGGCAGCGGUCGUUCGGUGGGCGGCGUGGUGAGCGAGACGGUGGGCGCGACGGCAGUGGGCUGCGAGGGCGGCGCGGCGCCGUUGCAGCUGCAGCGCAUCGUGUCGCGCUGCCGCUGCGAGUUCUUCUAUGCAUGCUACGGCGAGAGCAGCGUGGACCCCGCGGCCGCCGCCGAGCUGCCGCCCCCGCCGCCGCCGUACGAGGAAGGCUCGGGCGCUGGGCCAUGGGAGCGCCGCGACCCGGCCGUCGACGCCUUCACGCUCAUGCACCACGACCUCGAGGUUUGCACUAAUUCACUACAAUAUGCUAUGGUGCUGGAUGUGGUAAACAAUUUGUUGCUAUAUGUCGAACCACGCCGCAAAGAGGCAUCAGCAAGACUGCAGAGAAUGCGCUUUCAGUUGCAAUUACAUUCAGUAGAGGAUCAGCGCCGGCCGAUUCAGCAGCUUCAGAACAAAGUACGGUCUAUGGUAUCAAAAUUACGCCGUUUAGAGCGAGAAAGCUAUUUACUGGAACGAGCAGCAGCUGAACUAGAUGCUGACAUCAAUGAAGAAGCCUAUCGCCAAGAAAUGGAAGACUUGGAUCGGCAGAUAAACGAAUGCAAAGAACAGUUGAAUGCACACAGUGAAGAGCUGGAUAUGAUGAUAUCAUGUUACAAAGAAACACAACUUUCUGCUAACCAAAAACUUGCCACAAUGCGUGGUGACAAACCAGUAACAAUUGUGCGUGCCAACGAGAUCGUUUUCAAACAUGCUCAGUGGAGACUUACUCAAGCUGAUGGUCAAUUAGGAAUUGCUGAUCUUGUACUUAGUAAUUUUCUAUACACCAAGAACUCCAAGAGUGAUGAUUCUGGAGAACACUUACUUGAAGUGGGUUAUGUUCGCAUGACUAACUUGUUACCCAAUCAAGUGUAUAAGGAAGUGUUAUCUCCCACUGAGAUACAAAGUAACAUGCCAGUGGACCGCAAGAGAGCUGUAAGAGUGUUCUGUCGAGAAAAAGCACCAGUUGGAGGUAUUUCAGUGAAAGAACAUUUUGAAAUUAAUGUAGUACCUAUUACAAUAGGUCUCACAAAAAAGUUCUUCAACACAAUGCUCAAAUUCUGUUUUCCUGAACGAGAUCCUGAUACAAUUGAAGGAGAAGGAUCAGAGGAUCUUGAAACAGAAGGAAAGAGCAAGAAAGGAAAGAAAGCUAAAGGCAAAGAAGCCAGCUUCUAUGUUCCCAUUGAUCCUAAAGAUGAUGUGGAAAAAAUGAAGGAACGUGCUGAGAAGAACAAACUAUUUAUUUACAUUAAGAUACCUGAGGUCCCAGUGAAAGUUAGCUACAAAGGUAACAAGGAUAAAAAUUUGGAGGAUAUUCGUGACUUCAGCUUAGUUAUUCCGACUUUGGAGUACCAUAAUGUCACUUGGACAUGGUUAGAUCUCCUAUUGGCCAUGAAAAAUGAUAGUAGACGUGUCAUCCUCUCUCAGGCCAUCAAACAAAAACUGCAGAUUAAAAUGCAUCGAGCAGCAUCUGAUGAUAGUGCAUCACCACAAGAGGAAGAUAAAGCACGUAUGCUGUUUGGAUCUCGAUUGAUGAAAAUACAAGUGUAUUCUUACACUUUUUUAUUAUUAGGAAAUAUGAGUGUUAAUACUUGCACUGACUUGUACAUACAAGUGAUUUUUGGGAAAGAUAGUUUGAAAGGGAAAUUAUUUUUGAAGUCUGAAACUUCUAGAACGGAGCUGUGCGGCAUCAAAUGGCGUAAACUAGUGUGGGGUGAGGGCGGCGGUGGCGGCGCCUUCGCGGCCGCCGAGCCGCUCGAAGACCCGGUGCUGGCCAGCUACGGCCGCUGUCUCGCCAUGGACAUUCUGUGCGUGUGGCGGCGCGUCGCUGCUCAGUCGCCCGCGGCGGCCGCGGCUGCGACAGCCGGUGGCCUCUUCGACUCGAUGGGGCUGGGCACGCCGGCGCUCGGGAGUGGCGGGGGCGGCGGCGGGGGCGGCAACGGCAGCGGCGGCAGCAGCAACGGCGGCGGAGGCGGAAGCGGCACGCAACAGCCGCCGCUCUCGCUGCACGCCGCCAAAGAACUCUGGAUCUUCUGGUACGGGGAGCCGCCCGAUCUGUCGGGAUUGGUGGCGCCGGAGCUAAUGGCAGCAGGAGAUGGAGAGAUCGGCUCCUGGGAGAGCGGCCUGUCCUACGAGUGCCGCUCUCUGCUCUUCAAGGCACUACACAACCUCAUCGAACGGUGCCUGCUGUCGCGGGACUUCGUGCGUCUGGGUCGGUGGUUCGUGCAGCCGUCGGAGGCGUCGGAGCGCCUGGCGGCGGGCGCGGCGCACGCGGCCGCUGCAGCCGCUGCUGCCGCCUCCGCCGCCACCGCAUCCACGCACUUCUCCUUCUCCUUCGCCUUCUUCGUGCACGGCGAGAGCACCGUGUGCGCGUCGAUCGACGUGCGUACGCACCCCCCCGUGCGCGCUCUGUCGCGCCACCACCUGCAGGUGGCGCAGGCCCGCGCGCAGGGACUGCCCGUGUUGUUGGCGCCGUAUGGGCUGGCGGGUGCGCUGACCGGAGCUGGUGCCGCGCGCAGCGCCGCCGCCGCCGCCGCCGAUCCUCAGCUGCAGCGCAUGCUGGACGAGUGGAGGCAGUUCUACCCCAUCGACUGCAAGUUGCAGGCCGCGGCCGCCGCGGCCGCGCACGACUCGACUGCAGCGCUGCCUCCUAUGGUCGAGGUUGUGGUGGGCGGCGUGAAAAUGCGCUAUCCAACGUGCUUCGUGCUGGUGACGGACAUGGACGACGUCCCGCCGCCAUCGGCGUUGGGCCCGGGUGGGACUCCGGAGGCAGGAUCGGGGGCCGCGCCCGUGUCGCCUGGUGGUACAGGCGCCCCCUCCGCCGGAGGCGGCGGCGAUCCAUCGCGCUGCACGUCACCUCCUCCCUCACCCUGCCCCAUCGCGGUGACACUCGGAGGCGGACACACGGCCGGCCUGCCGGGCUCGGGUUCCGGUGUUUCCGGGCCGCCCCCCGGCUACGCGGGCCCGGUGUUGCCCACCGUUCAGCAGCCGCCGCACGUUUUGGGAGGCCAUCACCCCGCCUCAAUGCAGCACAGCCCUUCGCCCGCGCAACUGCUGGCGGAACACGUGUGGCAGGACGCUACGCUCUGCCCCGCGCAGCGGGAAUCGUCAGCUGCGGCGGCGCUUCCUGCAGCGGGCACGCCCGCUCCAGCGGGUGUCGGGGAGGCGGCGGCGUCGACGCCCUCGGGCGAGGCCCAAGCUCCAUCACCCGCCCCGUCCACCGGCGCUCCCGCCGGCACCCCGGCGGCAGCCGCACCUUCGCCCUCCCCUUCCCCAGCGCCCGCAUCGGCGGCCUCCGCCACCCCCGCGCCCGCGGCUGUACAGCCCGCCGGUCACUGGGACUUCGCUGACCCGACGCGUCGCGCGAUCUGCACCUGCGUUCGGCUAUCAGGGCAGUGCGCGGCCGCCGGCGGAGGACCACCGUCGUACGGGAGCCGCGCUGGGCAGCCGGGCACGCCCACAGGUCCCAUGCUGCCCAGUCUGGCGGCGGCGGCGACGCCGGGAACCGCGGGCGGGGGCGGGAGCAGCGACGCGUUGCCUGUGCCGUCGGUGGGGUCACCGGCUUCGGCGGCUCCGUCGCCGUUGCCCAACCCCCACUCGCAACCCGCGUCCGUGCCUCCUGCCGAUCCCACCAUGCCCACGCUGAGCCCGCAUCCACCGGCGUCAAACGGCGGUAGUGGGGGCGGGGCGCCACCCACCACGCCCACGGGUCCGCCCUCAUCGGCGGGCGCGCCCUCUUCCGUUGCCCCAGCAGCCGCGACGUCUGACGGCGUGUCUGACAAGGCCGCAACGCCCGCCGCCGCCUCCGACCCCAACGGGCCCAAGUCCGUGUCAUCAGUUUCCAAUCAGGUGUUCUCGCCAUACGCCCCGGGAUCAACCGGCGAACCGGCCAAGGCUCCCUCGUCGGUGCCGGGCGCCGGCUCCGGCUGUGGGGAGGCGGCGGUGCUGACGGCGGCCGCGACGCCGACUCAGUCGUCCGUGGCGCCUGCGGGUCAACAGUUGGCGUCAGCACCGGCUGGUUCUUCGACCUCAACAGCGGCUCCCGCGCCGCCACCACCGCUGCCCACGCUCAAGCGACCCGUUCUUUCUUCCCGGGAGUACGAGUCGAUUCUUAUGGAGGAAGAGCAGCCGUCGGCGCUGCUCUAUGACUAUUCUACCUUGGAUGCUUGGCUUUACCACCCUGUGAAACGCUUCAAACCCGCCGAACCGCGCCUGCCCCCGACGUUCGGCGCCCGCGGCGCGGCGGGACCCGGCGCUACAUCGGCGCCAGCGCCCCUCGGAGAUCCCUUCCUCAACGGCGGCGUGGGCACACCGGAAUCGCCAUCAUCGGGCGGCGCCUUCGUUAAGACCGAGACGGAGCCGGGCCUGGGCCUGCCCAUGGAGUUGGACGGCCCCGGCAGCGUGGGCGCCCCCGGCGGCGGCAAGCGUUCCGACCCUUACGAGUUCGAGGAGGACGGCGCGCCGGCUGUAAGCAUGGAGCCCUUCAAGCGGCAGGUCGUGGUGAAGGAGGAGGAGCGGCGCGGCGGCUGCGCAGGCGCGGGCGCCAUAGCAGGCGCCAGUGGCGCCUUCGACACCGUGGCUGCCGCCCCUGGCGCCGCCGCUAACGGCCCGUCCGCGCGCUUCGGCGACAUGCUGCCCGGUGACGGCCUGCCGUCGUACCCGGACGCCGACCAGAUCUUCGACAAUUCGGAGUCUUCGAGUGAUGAGGCGCUGCCGGUGCCCACUCCUCCGGGCUCCAACAAGCCUGCUGGCCUUGCCGAGGACUCCGCCACGCCACCCGCCCCUAAGACGCUGCGCGGUGCUGGGGGCGCGUCUGGGGGCGCCGUGUCUACCACCACGCUGCUCAAUGGCGGCGCCUCGGCGCUUAACGGCUGCAGCGGCGGCAGUGGCAUCCUACGCUCCGAGGAGCUUAGCAAAAUGUUCCCCACGCCUCCCUCAAUGGAGCACAAUCCCAUCUCGUCGCCGUGUGGUCAUCUGUCAGAUGGGCCCGUUUUGGACGCACCUGAGACGGUAACAGCAGCGGCUGCAAUAGGCGCCGGAGCUACCCUGGUUGCCAGCUCGUGCGCGACACGUGUCGCGCGGCUCGACCAUUACCCCAACUUAGGCAGCCCGUUGGAGGAACCCAUCGAGGACUGGUCGUACGUGUUCCGACCUCCCAUCGUGUGCACCUUCGUGGGUUCAUCCAAGUAUGCGCCUCUCACGGACCUGCCCAGCGCAGCGUUGCCAGUGGUGGCAUUGCCCGCACACUGCGUCUACAAACCGUCGCGGCAGUUCGGUGGCGUGCAGACGCUGCAGGCGGACAAGGCGUCUUCAGGAGGGGGGUCGGCGGGUGCUGGCACCGGCGCUGGUGGAGGCUCCGGGCCGGGGGUACGCUCGGGACAAGCGACGAAUGUGGCGUCGCAGCACACGGCUCAGGCUGGCGGUGGGCCGCCGUCGGGUGCGGGUCCCGGUGUGCUGCCGCCGCACCUUGCGCAACACGGGCACCUCGGCGCCGUGGGUCCGCCAGCCCACUUCCCACCUUCGCCUAUGAUGGGUGGCGUUCCGCUGCACCUGCAAAGCGGCCCUGGCGCGGGUGCGUUCCGUGGCGGUGGAACAUCUGGCGCGGUGGGCGGCCCAGGUGGCGCGAGUGGGGGCGGCGUUGCGGCGGGCCCUGGCGCAGUAGGACUGCCAGGCGGGGCGAGAACACCCUGCCCGCCCCCACCGCCUUACGAACUGCCCAGCCCCGCCACCUCUACCGCCUCCUCCUACCUCAACAAAAACCUCAACUCUGUGGAAGCAGCCCCCACCCCCGUGCCCGCUCACGCGCCCGAGGCUAACGCGCUUGUCGUCAAUUUGCUGUUGGGUGACACGGCUCUCAACCUCUUCCGCGAUCACAACUUCGACAGCUGCACGUUGUGCGUGUGCAACGCGGGACCUAAAGUGGCCGGCAACAUCCGCGGCGCUGACGCUGCUGUGUACCUGCCAGCGCCGCCCGCUCCUCCUCCGCCUCCCACGCCCGCGCCGCCCUAUGGACCCGCGGGGUCGCCUUUCCCAGGACUGGGCGGUCCACCACCACCGUACGGGCUGCUGGGAGCUUCGCCUGGAGGCCACCAUGGCGUACAGCCGUCGCCCGACGAGGACGCAAUCUGUUGCACGUGCGGUUUCAGCGCUGUCGUCAACCGCCGUCUGUCUCACCGUUCGGGUCUCUUCUAUGAGGACGAGCUGGAGAUAACGGGCGUGGCAGAGGAUCCGGCCGAGCGCAAGAAGGGAUCGCUUGCUGCCUGGCUGGCUGCAACUGGCGUCAAGGUGCCUGCAAACCCCCUGACCAAUGGCACCGGCGAAGGAGGCGCGGGUGGCGCCAGUGGCAACGGUGCUGGCGGUAGUGGAGGAAGUGCCACCACAGCGGAAGUGGUAGACAGUUUGCCACAGAAUGUGAUAGAGCUGGUGCGCGAACAGUGUGUGAUUGUGCAAAGCUCUAGUAACUCUUUGUUUCGUGCCUCACGAAUGUACAGAGGCCCUGCAGGACCCGGUUCUGUACCUUAUGGUGUCACAGUGAAUGCGCUCGAGUUCUCUGACAGUAAUGAAGUGGCGUGUGUUGCUUUGGAGCAAGGUCGGCAAGCAAUGCUGGAGAAUGCCGUUGCAAUGUGCAAGGUGGAAGAAAUGCAGCAGCGUCAACAACAGUUGCUGGCCCAUGCCAAAGGCCUGGUUGCACCAUGUGUGCAUAGGUGGCCACACUUACGUGCACGUGGCCCUUCAUGCAAUCAAGACAUUGUACGUGUAAUGAAGAGUUUGCAGCCUUUGUUACAAGAUGCCAUUCAGAAGAAGUGCACUACUAGAUUGUGGGAAGCACCCUACACAGUCUCAGGACCUUUAACAUGGCGCAAGUUCCACCGACUCGCAGGCCGGGGAACGGAUGAUCGUUGUGAGCCGCAACCAAUACCUUCACUUGUUGUGGGUUACAAUAAAGAUUGGCUAUCAUUAUCACCAUAUGCUAUUCACUACUGGGAGAAGCUGCUACUUGAGCCAUACUCAUAUUCACGUGACAUUGCCUACAUAGUAGUGUCCCCUGACAGUGAUUUUAUCCUCCAGCGUGUACGCACCUUCUUCAAGGAACUCAGUGCUACCUAUGAGGUGUGUCGUCUUGGUCGUCACUGCCCCAUCACUAAAGUAUUACGUGAUGGCAUUCUCCGAGUUGGAAAGACAGCUGCUGCGAAGUUGGCGAAAGAACCUGUUGAUGAGUGGUUUUCUCUGUUGGGUGAUAGUCCUACUAAUAAUAUGCUACGCCUGUAUGCACAGGUUUGUCGGCAUCACUUAGCACCACACCUUUCCCAAGUUCCAAUGGAUCGUUCGCUACUGGACCCUGCAGAAGGAGUGCAAAACAACCGCACAAGUUUAGAUCGGCCUUUGCCAUCCCCAAUGCCACCACCUUCAACGCCAGAGGGUGCUGCUGCAGCAGAGAAAGCUCCUUCGACACCCAAAUCGGACCAUGCAUCAGAAUCAGCCCAUGAUGAUGACAGUCAGGAACCACCAGCCAUUGUGGUGUAUUUGGUUGAUCCCUUCACAAUGGGUAGAGACUCAGUUGAGAUGCAACGGAUGGCCUGUCUCGGAUUGCUGCGUUGCUUCACCACGGUGCUAGCUGCUGUUCCUGAAACUGUGCGAUCCAACAUCAGUGUGCAACUCAUCUCUUUGGAGAGCAUUGUGGAACUGGGCAAGUCUCGAGAUCGUGUUCGCCAAAAUGACCAUAUGCGUGCCCAGGCCUUUUCAGUGUUUGCACAAUGUAGGCGCCUGCUUACUCACACAUCCACUGUCAAAGCUCUUACUGUGGAUGAGAUUUCAAUAAUAAAUAAUUUAGUAUUUUCAUUUUAUUCUUUCUUUGAGAAGAAUCGCCAGCCUUAUCGCCUUUAUACCCCUCCAUAUGUAUUGGCUCCUAUUAAGGACAAAAAUGAACCAAGUGAAUCAUUUGGGCAGCUGAAUGAAGGCCAUUGCUCAGUGUUAUAUGUCAGCUACUGCCUAUCGGAAGACCAAAGGUGGCUGCUUGCAGUGGCAACUGAUGAACGUGGGGAAAUAUUUGAAACUGCAACAAUCAAUAUUGAAAUUCCAAAUCGGAGUAGACGCAAGAAGGCAUCAGCCAGGCGCAUUGGUCUUCAGAAACUAAUGGAUUUUAUCCUGGGUGUAAUGUCUCAGAGUAUUCAACCAUGGCGGCUGGUUGUGGGUCGCAUUGGACGUAUGGGUCAUGGAGAAUUGAAAGGCUGGAGUUGGCUAUUGAGUCGGAAAUCUUUGGUCAAGGCUUCCAAACACCUGAAGGAUAUCUGUAAUCAGUGCAGCCUGAUGUACCCAUCUGAUGUACCCUGUGUCUUGAGUGCAUGUCUAGUUUCUCUGGAACCUGACUCCACAUUACGUUUGAUGCCUGAUCAGUUCACUCCGGAUGAACGGUUCAGUCAAACAUCAGUCAAUUGUCAGCUGUCUACUCCUCAGGAUAUGUCUUGCACUCAUAUCCUUGUGUUCCCCACAUCAGCAACUACCCAGUCAUCUCAGACAACAUUUCAUGAAACCCACAUCAAUGGUCCAGAUCUUGAUGAUGAUCUAUUCCACGUUCUCAAUGAUGAAGGCAUUGAUGGCUUUGAUGAUAUUUUCACAUGGCCAGAGACAGGACCAGGUGGUGUGCAAAGUCCUACAGGCAGUCCGCGACGGGAUGACUCGUUGUCACAACCUGGCAGUCCUGGAUUGGCAGGGACAUCAGAUCAACCAAGCCCAUACCCAGCUUGUAAUGGCUCCUCACGGAGUGGUGGUCGGAUGAGUGGAGAGGAAGCUGAAGAAGUGGGUCCUCUUCACCAACAGCCUUUAGCCUUGGGCUACUUUGUAUCAACAGCACCCACUGGGCGCAUGCCUCGGUGGUUUUGGGCUUCGUGUCCCCACCUAGAAGAUGUUUGUCCAGCCUUCCUUAAAAAUGCUCUUCACCUGCACAGCCCUAGCAUCCAGCAAAAUGAUGAUGUACUGCAACAGUCUUCCGUUUCAGUACAUCCACUUGACUCUCAGUACACAACUGAUGUGCUUAGGUAUGUGCUGGAAGGCUACAAUGCUUUAUCAUGGUUGGCUUUGGAUUCAAAUACCCACGAUCGACUGUCAUGCCUGCCUGUGCAUGUGCAGGCACUGAUGCAGCUGUACCAUAUGACAUCAGCCCUAGUGUGAGCAUGUUGAGAGGGACAAAUUAUCAGUGGGCCAGAUGGCCACCUACAGAAGUGUUAUUUAUUUGUAGAAGUGAGUGAUUGUGUGAGCGUGCGUGUCUGUUGAGGGAGGAAUGCAGCAGGCUUCUGUCAGUCACUGACAUUAGCCCGUUGACUGCUAUGUUGGUGUGGGCUGCCUGGAGCAGACGUAUGGGGUUUCUGUGAUACCUUGCCUGCCUGCCACCACUGCCGCCAUGGCUGAAGAGAAACUUCAGACUUUGUUCUUCAGUACUCAAACAAUUUUCAGGAAAGACACUUGUAUCAUAAGAGUUGCUACAACAUAUACAUACAAGUUUAUAUAAGAAAUACAUAUUAUAUAUACUGCAUACUUUGAAAUAGUACAAAAGCGGGCGAGGGUGUGCGGGCGGUGUACAGCCAAGUAGGCUUUCUAAGUGUGUUUUCUGUAUCUUGUUAUUCUGUUUUACAGAGUUCAAUUGAACCUGUUUUCAACAGAUUAUUUUGGGGCAUUUUUAAAAUCAUUGUGUACUCUUCACUCAAUAUUUGAACUGAAAAGACUGGCAUCUUAGGUUUUUUAUGUCCUUGUUGUGUUUUUAAGACUUGUUUACCUCUUGUUUCUUCCUAUUUUAUAUUACAAUUUCAUUUUCACUUCCGAGUACAAUGGUUUUAUUUUGGGCUCACUUAGUGACAUGUCACAAGCAUUAUGUCUUGUACUUUGUUUGCAUAGACCUGGUAGUGUACAGUCAGGAAACUAUUUAUUUUGUAUAUAAGAUUAGUAGACAGAGCAGAACAGCACUGCCGCCAAUGGGGUGGGCGGGUUUUGGUCCCAGCACAGUGUACAAAGACCCAGGGACACUGACCUUGUUGAUUAUCCUCUAUGGGAAGGCAGGGCCUAAGGCCCCGCUGCCUAUUCCUUUUGUUAUUAGGACUUAUAUAUACAUAUAUGAACAUGUAUAUUUAUAUAUAUAUAUAGGGUUCUUUUGCAGUUGACCCAUGGUGGUGAAAAAUAUUGUACAUAGUUAUUAAUUAUUAUUGUAAUAAUUAUUAUUAUUUUGUUUUGCCACAGGCGUUGAUCAGUUAGAUUCCACCAGGGUGUAGUGUUGCAGGAUGAACCGCAGCAGGGAUUUUCCAGGAAUUGUAUUUUGCAGUUACAAGUAUAGGGUCUUUGGCCUCAUUCAAAAGCUCUUACUUUGAAUUAUCAAAACUGACAAAAUUAUAAUUAAUAAUUUCUCUCAGAUUUUUAUGGCACGUUGGAAUGAAAUCUUGUGAAAUGUUGUCUCUAAUACUUAAAUAAGCAGCAUUUAACCAUUAUGAAGUAGACAAACCAACAUUCUAAACUACAAUGUCAAAGCUUAAGACAUUCUCACUUUUUAUACAUGUUAUAUGCUGUGGUGACAGUUUCAUACAGUUGUUUUGUUACCAUAAAUAGCUCACAGCAGGCUCUGAGGUGCAAGUGACAAGCCCUGGACCAAUGCAAGCGAGCACCCUUUUGCAUUUUGCAUCAUUGCAGGACUCCAGUGCAACCAAAAUUGUACCUGCAUGGCAAGUGCUGAAAUCAGCAUCAGUGCAAAAGGGUUAUCGCUUUCAAACCCUGCCGUGUCAAUGGCUGCAGCACUGACAGUUCUGCCAAGUCACGUCAUUGCUCAGCCUUUCAGAACAUCAAUUGGACUUUUAAAAAUGCUGAUUGUAGUAUUUAUUACUUGGGUAGUAAAAAUAUGGGAUUAUAUUAUUAAUAUUAAAUAAUACAGUUUUAUGUGUACAGAGAAA